AUGCAGAAAGAAUAUAUCCCCAGAGAAAUAUCCAGAAUUAAAUUUGAAAUAUUAACGGAAAGAGAGAUAAGGAAUAUGUCUGUAUUGGCAGUGACCUCCAGGGACUUAUAUUCAAGCGAGAACAAGGCACCUGCCACCACAGGCCCGCUUGACUUAAGACUAGGCCCAAGCACAAAAGACGCCACCUGCAGUACGUGCGGUGAGAAAAUGGCAGAGUGCGUAGGACACUUUGGGCACAUUGACUUGGCGCUGCCUGUUUAUCACCCGGGACUAUUAAAGAAUACGCACAAAAUACUGCAAAGUGUGUGCAAGCAGUGCUCUGCACUACUACUGCCAGAUGAGACACAAGCACAGCUUCUAAUUAAACUGAAGGCCAGAAAGGGAAACAGAACACUUGAGCAAAGAGUCAUUAAAAAGGUCUUUGAUGAAGCAAAAAAGGCAGUGGAGUGCUUCCAGUGCAGCAGCAUAAACGGGGCCGUCAGGAAGACAGGCUUUAAAUUCUUCCAUAGAGUGCACAGACUGAAAAAGCACGAUGCACAGAAGGAAAUAGAAAGAUCCCUUUAUAGUGCAUCAGUAAAGGAUAACCCAGAGAUAACAAAUUGGAUAAAUAAUGCACCAGAUGAAUAUAUAUCACCAGUUACAGCGCAAAGCAUACUAAGGAAUAUUCCGAAUGAUAUUACAAGGAGUCUUCUAGGGCUUUCCUGUGACCCUGCUUCUUUGAUGCUUACGUGCCUGCCUGUGCCCCCUGGGACAAUACGCCCGAGUGUCAUGGCCUUAGACUCCUCUUCAAAUGAAGAUGACCUAACGAUAAAGCUCAGUGAAAUAUCGUAUACGUCGCAGCUAAUUCGUGAUGAAAUCGCAAAAGGUGCGUAUAUGCAUGGACUAUCAGAGAACUGGGACUUACUGCAGUCACAGUGUGCGCAGUUAAUUAGCUCAGACUCACGGCCAGAUGCAGCGAAAAUAAGAAGUUUAGUGCAGAGACUAAAAGGGAAGCAUGGAAGGUUUAGGGGAAAUCUCUCUGGAAAAAGAGUUGAGUUCUCUGGGCGUACAGUUAUCUCGCCAGACCCAAAUCUAAGCGUAGAGCAAGUUGGGAUCCCAGAAGAAAUGGCAAAAACACUCACCGUCCCAGUGCCCGUAACAGAAGGCAAUAUGAAAGCCCUCCGGAAAUUAGCACAAAAUGGGUGCACGCUCUAUCCAGGCGCAAACUAUCUGCUAAAACAAGACAGAAGGAUAUUCCUCCGAGAAAACAACACAAUUAACCUGGAGGAAGGAGAUAUCCUGGAGAGACAUAUGCAAGACUCAGAUGUCGUCUUAUUUAACAGACAGCCGUCCCUCCAUAGACUAAGCAUAAUGGCGCACAAAGUGAAAGUGCUCCCAGGGCGCACCCUUAGAUUUAACGAGUGCGUAUGCUCUCCGUACAACGCAGACUUCGAUGGGGACGAAAUGAAUAUUCACCUGCCACAGACAGUGGAGGCAAGAGUGGAAGCACUGGAGCUAAUGGGCGUAAAGAAUAAUCUGGCAGUCCCCAGGAAUGGCCAGCCAUUAGUCGCAGCCACACAGGACUUCAUCACAGGCAGCUACCUUAUAACAAAGAAAUCCACUUUUUUCACAAAAAAACAGUUCGGUCAGCUAAUUGUAUACGCCCUACCAAAGCACACGGGAAGGAUGACAGCUAAGCCCACUAUACUCAGACCUUCUGUUCUGUACACAGGAAAGACCCUUUUCAGUCAGGCCUUAAACCUGUCUGUCUCCAUGGAAAUUCGCACUAGAAAUUUCACCCCAGGCACAACUUUCUCCUCAGUGAAUGAAGGCCUAUUUGUCAUGCGAGAUGGUGAGAUACUUUUUGGCCGCGCAGAUAAAAGGAUAGUCGGAGCAGAAGAGGGCACUAUAUUCCACUAUGAAUUAAGAGAAGGAGGGCCGUCUGUUGUAGUUAGUGCUCUUGACGCAAUUGCCAGAUUAUGCUCCAGAUACCUUGGAGAGGCAGGGUUCUCUAUAGGACUGGAUGACGUAUUUGCAAAACCAAAAUUACAGAAGCUGAUCACACAGGCUGUGGAUGGGUGUGAGAUUGAAGCAGCCAGUAAGCCUGCUGAGAGUACAAUUGCAGUUCUCUCCAGGGCCAGAGAGGACGCAGGAAAGCACUGCAUCCAGCACCUCUCCCAGCAUAACUCGCCCGUAAUCAUGCAGGCAUGCGGUAGCAAGGGCAGUCUUAUAAAUGUGUCACAAAUGGUCGCAUGUGUAGGGCAGCAAGUAGUUGGGGGUCAAAGAAUAUCCAGGGAUUUCGGUGACAGAACACUUCCCCACUUCAUGGGGGACACAAAUGCAUCAAGGGGUUUUGUCAGGUCGUCCUUCUGCGCUGGCUUGUUGCCAACGGAAUUCUUCUUCCAUGCAGUCAGUGGAAGAGAAGGUCUUGUGGACACGGCAGUCAAAACAGCAGAAACAGGUUAUAUGCAAAGAAGGUUAAUGAAAGUACUAGAAGGCGUAUACGUGGCAUAUGACGGAACAGUCCGCAGGGGACAGCAAAUAAUUCAAAUGCAAUUUGGUGAUGAUGGCUUAGACCCAGUUCUACUGCAGAAAGGCACACUCACAACAGACAUGCCGUCUGCACAUUAUUGGGCAUUGAAAGUGUCGAAUAAUUCAGGCGUAAAUAUAUUUGCAGAAAAUGUUCAUCCUUCUGUUGUGCUUAUAUACGACGCAAUUAAAUCCAUAUGGAAAUCAGUCUAUAACCCGCACACAGAUACAAUUAUGCCUGAUAUAUGGGAAUUGCUGAAUGGUUCAGUGGGGUAUUUAUUGUUCCGUCAUGAAAAUAUGCAUCUGAUUGAAUUGAUUAACGCAUACACAAAGGACCACCAGAUGAAUAUUUCAGUUAAACAACUAUUCAUUUGCAAGAUGCUCUUUCAAGCACUUAAGUCACAGAUUGAAUACGGCACGGCAGUGGGUGCCCUGGCUGCACAAAGCAUUGGUGAGCCAGGUACGCAAAUGACCUUAAAGACAUUCCACUUGGCAGGUACGUCAGGCGCAAGUAUUACACUCGGAGUGCCGCGCCUUAAGGAAAUCAUAAAUGCAAGUACGUCCAUUAGUACGCCGCUUAUAAAAAUAUCCGCAGAGCCAGGUCAUUUUAGUGAAAUUCCUGGGCGUGUGCAGCCUGUUGUAAUCGGUGACCUAGCUGAAUCUGUCUCUGUGAAUAAAAUAUCCGCUGUAUUUAGGAUACCGGAGGGACAAGUGGCAAGACAUAAAAUUGAAAAGGAAAUUAAGGGAAUUGGAGCGUACAAGAAGGAUGGGGUAUAUUAUUGGGAGGCACCUUUGGAGAAAUCAGUUCCUUCUGAGAUUGAUAAAUUAUUGAAGACGAAAGUAAAGGGGGUGGGAAGUAUUUCCCGUGUGAUCACCACAGACUCAGAAAUAAUUGCAGAAGGAACGGGUCUUUUAGAGAUUCUUGGCACAGAAGGCGUGAAUUCUUCAGAGACUUCAACUAAUAAUAUAUACGAGACGUACAAGACACUAGGGAUAGAGGCAGCCAGGGAGUCAAUUGUGAAGGAAAUUCAGUAUACAAUUGGGAGGCACGGGAUAUCCGUGGAUGCCCGUCACAUAGGACUACUUGCAGAUGUAAUGUGCUUUACUGGGGAAGUAUGCGGAAUGACUAGAUUUGGGCUGCAGAAAAUGGGAGGGUCCAGUGUGCUUACACUUGCUAGUUUUGAGCAAACAGGAGAGCAUCUCUUCACGGCAGGAUAUUCUGGCUAUGAGGAUAUGAUAAAUGGAGUGAGUGAGUGCAUAAUCAGUGGGCAAAGGAUUCCCAUAGGCACAGGAUCAUUCAAGAUCUUAUUCGACUGCGAGAUGAAAUGA